UUUGACAGCUGUGAGAGCCAUUGUGUGCAAGCGAAGCAGCAACAAAACAACACAACAAACACAGCUCGCAAUGUUCAAGACGGAGACUGAAAAAUCGUCGGAAAACGACGAAACGAACAAAAAGUGCCGCCUGUGCUUGAAGCGUUUCGGUUCCGGCAACACCGGAACACCGAUCACAGACGAUGAGUUUAGUGCAAAGCUGGAAAAGGUGUUCAAUUUUCCGAUCCUGCCGGAAGAGUUGCUGCCGGACCUGGUCUGUUGCGAGUGUCGCACGACCGUGUCGGAUUUUCACUGCUACGCCGUCCAGGUGCAAUCGAACCAGGAACAGCUGAAGCUCGGAUGGAAGGAGGAGAAAUAUCAGCCGUUUGAAGAGGUGAAAGUCGAAGCACCGGAGGUGCAAGAUUUUUAUGAUGCAGAAUUAGAAAAUACGCAAGAAAAGCACGAGCCCGAGGUGAACAUUAUCGUGACACGUAAACCAGCCAAACGAAGGCAGCUGCAGGCCGCCAGUGACUCAGCGGACGACGCUAGUGAUGAUGCGUUAGAAGAACGCAAUGAGGACGACGACGAUGAAGAUUUCGUACCUAAGGUUGAUCCGACGGAUGGUACGUUGAAACGGCCUCGCCGGACACGGAUAGUAAAGUACAAACAGACGCCAAAGAAAAGGGAACGGGCGCUCAAAGCGGACCAACAAACGCCCGACGACCAGCUGGAACCGGAAGAGCAGGCCCGCCACACGGAGGAUGACAAGCGGAUGAGGGAGUUUUUCAAGUUCGAGUGUGAAAUUUGCUUGAUGCCAGUGGAGAACUUUUCCUACCUGCAGGUACACUACCGACGGGUGCACGGUACCAAGGGUUACAUACGGUGCUGCGAAAAGCAGUUCUAUCGCCGGUUCCAGCUGCUCGAUCAUAUCGCUGCCCACCAGGGUACGAUCAAGUGCGAGAUUUGUCAGAAGAGUUACAAAAGCAGCCGCUAUCUGGCGGUGCACAUGAUGAAAAGCCACAGCCGCGAGGAGGACCGGCCGUUCAAGUGCGGCAAGUGCCAUCAAUCGUUCCACAAGGAGCAUCUGCUGAAAGCGCACCAGGCGAACCAUCUGUCGGAAAAGUGUCCGAUCUGCGAGAAGGUCGUCUCGUCCAAGUACGCGCUGAAGACGCACGUCACGCACAUGCACGGUAGCGACAGUAAUCAAAUCUGCGACGUGUGCGGCAAGGAGUUCCGCACGAAGCUGGCGAUGGAGCGCCACAUUAACGAGCAUCGGGGGCUGGAGGUGGUACAGAAGGUGCAGUGCAACGUGUGCCAGCGGUGGUUCCACGGGAAGUACAAUCUGCGCAAGCACGUCCGAUUUAUGCACAACGAGCAGGGGCAGGUGUUUCGGUGCGAUCUGUGUCCGCACGAAAGCCCCAACAGCCGGGCGCUGUUGGAUCACAAAAAGCGGGUGCACGUGGUCGAGCGGUUCGAGUGUGAGCUGUGCGGCAAGCGGUUCAAGCGGAAACUGUACCUGCGGGAACAUAUUGCUUCCCACACCGGGAAACCACUGUACGAGUGUGGUAUCUGUGAUGCCAAGUUCAACUCGAACGCCAACUGCUACAACCACCGCAAGAUCAAACAUCCCGAAGAGUAUCAGGCCCGCCGGCAGGCGUUUCUGGAUGCGCAACGACGGGCUCCGGACAGUGAGCUAAAGAAGGAGAAAGAUGCAUUUGUAGAAUCCCGCCCGGAAGCUGGGAUUCGUGCAAAAGCGAUCAAAACGCGGUCAAGCACACAGACGAAUAAGAAGAAGAUGGAUGAAAAGUGUCGCCUGUGUCUAGAAGAAGUGCAGCGUGCAGUAACCAUAGCAAUAACGGACGAAUCGUUUCGACGGAAGCUGAAAAAUGUGUUCCUAUUCGCGCUUCCUGCCGAAGGGUCACUGCCGGAGCAGGUAUGUCAGCAGUGCGAGUCGACCGUAUCGGAGUUUUACACAUACAGCCAACAGGUACAGGCGAAUCAAAAGCAGCUGAGAUUAGCAUCGGGAACCGGAAACACGUCUAAAUCGGCCGCUAGUAUAAAAGUGGAACCGGAUCUGCAGAUUGAACUGCUCCAACGCGAACCAUCGGAAGAACCGCUCGGUAUCGAGUGUGUUGUGGUGAAGGAAGAGUUUGGCAAAAAUAUUUCCCCGGAAGAAUCGGAACCGGAAUCGGAAUGUUCUUUCGUUGGUGAUGAUGGUGAUGGUGAUGAUGAUGACGGGGACGAUGAUGCCAUCACGACACGCCGAAGAGGACGUGGCCGUAGGUCGGCCGCUGGUGAUAGGAAAGCAAAUAACAGCACGAAAGACCAGAAGGCACGGCUGCAGGAAAAGGACGAAAAGAUAAAGGAAUUCUACACCCUCGAGUGCGAAAUCUGUUCCAUCCUGUUGGAUAACUUUGUGCAGCUCCAGGAGCACUACCAGCUGGUGCAUGACACCCGGGGGUACCUGCGGUGCUGCAACAAACAGUUUUUCCAUCGCUACACACUGCUCGAUCACAUAGCCGUGCACCGGGGCACGAUACGGUGCGAGGUGUGCAACCGAAGCUACAAAACGAAGCGCUAUCUCGGUUUGCAUAUGGCCAAAAGCCACGGGACCGAGGAAGAGCGACCGUUCAAGUGUGGCAAGUGUGGGCUGUCCUACCCGAAGCAGUACCUGCUGCGCUCUCACCAGCUGAUGCACGUGCGGGCGGAAUGUAACAUCUGCAAGAAGGUACUGUCCAGCAACUACGCGCUCAAGGUGCACGUUACCCAGAUGCAUAACGACGACAGCAACCAUAUCUGUGCGACGUGCGGGAAAAUGUUCCGCACGAAGGCCGCCAUGGAUCGGCACAUCAAGGAGCAUAUGGGGCUGGAACCGAUCGAGCGGAUGCAGUGCGCGUACUGCCAGAAAUGGUUCAACGGGAAGUACAAUCUGAACAAGCACGUACGCUUCCUGCACAACGAGCAGGGUCAGGUGUUUCGGUGCGACGUUUGCCCGCACGAAAGUCCGAACAGUCGGGCGCUGGCCUACCACAAGCAGCGGGUGCACGUGCAGGAAAAGCACGAAUGUGAACACUGCGGCAAGCGGUUCAAGCGGAAGCUGUACCUGCGCGAGCACAUUGCAUCGCACACGAACGUGCCGCUGUACACGUGCGAGUACUGCGGUAUGAAGUUUAACUCGCACGCGAACCAUUUCACGCACCGGAAAAACAAACACCCGGAAGAGUGGGAAGCGCACAAGCGGAUGAGAAUGAUGAAGAAGAUGAAUCGAAACUUGGAGACGAUUGUGUAG